CUUUUGCCUGUUUCUCCCUUGACUGACGAGAGACAGCGACGACGGAGAGACACACAUCACUUUUCUUCGGAGACACUACACGCACACAACGCAUCAUACAUAUCUUCGACUACCGGGGAAGAACUUCUUUUCUUUUUUUAACACGAUAACUCUUAAUACCUCUGCGACUCGGCGACCAGCGACACUGCUACUACUACUUCUAAUCGCAUUCUUCGCUUCAUACUAUUGUCAUUACAAGCAUCGCCAUACUUUAAUACCCAACCCAGCGAAAGAAAGAAAGACAGUCAGACAGACAGACCGACAUCUCAGACAUCCCUUAUACCCAUCGAUAAUCACCACCAUCGCGAACCGCAACCUCCAACCCACCGCGCACCUCGACCUCCAACGCGCCAGCAAACAAUGAGAUAAACAACCGCCCUCACCACCAGCUGGUCGCAGCGCACAUUGAAGCCUCCAACAAAUCCACCACCACCACCACACGAACGCACACAAAAAAACCACCCACCAUGUCCUCAUCCUCACCACCCCGCGACCCUCCCCCCUCCCAAGGCGGACCACCAAGCAUAAUCUCCUCCCGCAUGACCGACAUCGCCUCCGACGACGGCCACGACCUCGACACCACCUCCCACGCAACCCCCGCCCACCGCACAUCCACAAACAGGCAGAGCAUCCAAUCCUCGCGCCCCGGCACCGGGAGCGCCGCCAUGUCCACUCGGAGUCCGUGGUCCGCAUCUCCUCCCUCCCGGCGUGGUCCCAAAUCCGGCGGCACCCCAUCGAUACUAGGAGGGGCGGCGGGGGCGAGGCCGCCGAGUUCGACGAGCAGGACGCAUGUUCCUAGUCUCACUUCGCAUGCGUUCUUUAGGCCGAUGAGUUCGCAGAGGUUGCAGGCCCAACGCGGGGGCCCGAGGACGCCGGUUGCGGGCCAGAAUCAGAGGGGGAGUGGAGACUUUGGAGACGCGCCGGCGGUGCCGAGUAUUGCGUCGGGCUAUACGGGGAAUCCGAUCCAGAGUAGGGAUGAGAGCGGACCGCCGCCGCCGUCGAGGGGGACGGAGAUAAGCGUCCAGGAGUACGUGCAGACGACUACUGCUAAUACGAGUCCCACGCAUGGGCAUUUUCAGACUACGAGUCUCAGUUCCUCUGUCCAACCUCUCCAAGUCAACAAUGCCUCAUCGAAUCCCAACGGCCUAACAGUCAACACCGGCCUCACAACCUUCCGCAACGCAAACCUCCCCACCCCCUCCAAAUCCCCACACUCCUUCCGCUCCUCCUUCCUCUUGCCGUCGAGGGGAGGGGACAUGCCCCCCCACAGCCCAAACCGCAGUAACCACGGCCACUCCAAGCUCUCCUCCGGCGCCACCUCCCCCGCCCGCCCCUCAGACGUCACUCCCCUCCCCUCACCACUCACCCCCGCCACCGGCGCCAUGGGCGAGAAGCACGGGCCCGGCGGGAACGGAGGAGGAGGAGCGGGAGGUGGAGGAAAGGGGGGUGUCAAGAAUUACGUGCAUUUCCCUGGGAACACGAGAUUUUUCCUGGGAGGGAGGUUCCAGAAUGCGAGGGAUAGACCGGUGAAUAUCGCUACGGGGAUACUGGUUGUUGUCCCCGCGGUGCUGUUUUUCGUGUUCCAGGCGAGUUGGCUUUGGCAUCGCGUGUCGCCUGCUGUGCCGGUGGUGUUUGCGUAUUUGUCGUUUAUAUGCUUUUCCUCCUUCAUCCACGCCUCUGUUUCCGAUCCCGGCAUUCUCCCUCGAGAUCUCCACAAGUUCCCGCCGCCGCCAGCGACGGAAGACCCAUUAACCCUCGCACCACCUACAACGGCGUGGUUGAUCGUCAAAUCCCAUCUCCCGGCUAGCACCGCAAUGGAGGUGCCCGUGAAAUACUGCAAAACCUGCCACAUCUGGCGACCCCCCCGCGGCCACCACUGCCGCAUCUGCGAUAACUGCAUCGAGACCCACGAUCACCACUGCGUGUGGCUCAACAACUGUGUUGGGCGCAGGAAUUACCGGUAUUUCUUCACCUUCGUGGCUGCCGGUACUGGUAUGGCGAUUUUUUGUAUUGUUACGAGUGUUGUACAACUAUCCACUGUCGGGAGAGAUAAUAACUCUGAUUUCGGCUCCGCGAUCCCUAGGGAGAGGGGGGUUUUCGCGCUGUUGAUAUACGCCGCACUCGCGCUCCCCUACCCCGCCGCCCUACUCUUCUACCACAUCUUCCUCUCCGGCCGCGGCGAGACUACACGCGAACUCCUGAAUGGAAGGAAAUUCAAGAGAGGAGAACGCCAUAGACCGUUUACUCUCGGCUCGGUGGUUAAGAACUGGAUCGCGGUGCUGGGACGGCCGAGGGGAGGCGGGUAUAUAGGGUUUAAACGCGUGGGUGGGGUGUGGUUGGGUGAGAAGGGGGUUGUGGAGGGGAGACAGGGGGGGAGUGGGGGGGGAAAUGGGGAGAUGUUGGAGAUGAGGGGGAUGUCGCAAGGGGCAUAG